AUGUCAGAUGACACAUCAGAAACGCUCCCUCGAACGAUGAAAGCAUGGACAUUCAGCCAUUCAGGACCCCCUCAAUCAACACUGCAACUAUCCCAAGACAUCCCCCUACCAACUCUCCGCACCGAAACCUCGCUCCUGAUCCGCGUAUGCCAUGUCUCCGUCCACCCCGGGACAGUCAUCAUGAUGAACCUAAUCCCAUCUCUCUUCCGACCAUCCUUGACCAUUGCCGAGACCGAUUUUUCCGGAAUCAUAGUUGCGGCCGGCAAGAAAGUCCCCACGGCCCCGUCCUCGGAUAACACUCGCUACUUCUCCCCAGGGUCCACCGUCUUCGGGUCCCUCCCUGUAUCCAAGCAUCUCAAAGGAUCCGGGGUCCUGGCCGAGUACGUCGUCGUCGACAUGACCUCUGUAGCUCGGAAGCCUGAAAAUGUCUCGUUCGCCGAAGCGGCCGGACUACCUGUUUCGGGCUCAACGGCUCUAACCCUCCUAGACGCCGCGCGACUCCAGCCAGACGACAAGUUGCUUCUGAAUGCUCCUUGCGGAGGAAUCGGACACUUUGUGGCACAGUUGACCAAGACACAAGGGGACCACCACAUCGUAGGGAUCUGCUCUAGGACAUCUGCGCAGUUAGCCCGGGGACUGGGAUGCGACGAGGUGAUAGAUUACCACGCGACAGACGACGGGACAAGCCUGGAAGAAACUCUAUCAUCCAACUUCCGUGGAGACAACGCAUUCGAUGCUAUCAUUGACGCGCACGGGUCUCAGCCCCUGUGGCAUUCCGCACCGGGCUUCUUGAAACCAAGUCCCGGUCAUGCGUAUACGUCUGUCGGGCCGGCGUUGAGAUCGUAUACCUUCCGUGCUAUGUGCCGGGUGUUGAAGGAUAUGGUUCUCAAUCAGUAUUUGCCGAAGUGGAUGGGUGGUGUAGCGAGAGAGUUUAGGCAAGUUACGUCGAUCGUGGACGUUGAGAAACUGGAGCGAUUGAGAGGGUUAGCGGAAGAAGGAAGCUUGAAGACGUAUCUUGGAGGAGAGUGGGAUUUUGAAGAUGCUAUGCAGGUAUGUGGCUCACUCCUCCUUGGGGGUUCGAAGGAAGACUGA